UAUUUCUUAGCCGAUAAGAAUCCUCAAUUCUCUCUGCCACUCCAGUGUGCUUAUCUCGAAAUCCCUCUUGUUCAUUGCAGAUUUAUUCGAGUGUAGUUAAAAUGGCCAUGGAGAUCACUCAAUUUCUGUUGGCUGCCCAAUCGGCAGAUGCAAAAAUUCGGACAGAUGCAGAGGCUAGUUUGAGGCAGUUUCAAGAACAGAACAUACCUGUUUUCCUUCUUUCAUUGUCAGUUGAGCUUUCAAAUGACGAAAAACCUGUUGAGUCCCGUAGAUUGGCUGGUAUUGUGUUUAAGAAUUCAUUAGAUGCCAAAGAUGCUAUUAGGAAGGAACAACUUGUUCAACAAUGGAUGGCAAUUCAUGUUUCUAUUAAGUCUCAAAUCAAAGACUUUCUCUUGAAAACUCUUGCCUCAUCUGUUCCUGAGGCCAGGCACACUUCUUCUCAAGUUAUUGCAAAAAUUGCUUCAAUUGAGGUUCCUCGAAAGCAGUGGCCUGAACUGAUUGGGUCAUUGCUUAACAAUAUGACCCAGCAAGACAAGCCUGCUUCCCUGAAACAAGCUACCUUGGAAACACUGGGAUAUGUUUGUGAAGAGAUAUCUCAUCAGGACCUUGUUCAAGAUGAAGUCAAUGCUGUUCUCACUGCUGUUGUCCAAGGGAUGAACCUAGCUGACCAUGGGCCUGAGGUUCGGCUUGCAGCAACCAGGGCUUUGUAUAAUGCUUUAGAGUUUGCACAGACCAACUUUGAGAACGAGAUGGAGCGGAAUUACAUUAUGAAGGUUGUUUGUGACACUGCCAUGUCCAAAGAGGUGGAAAUCAGGCAGGCUGCUUUUGAGUGCCUUGUUGCAAUAGCAUCAGCAUACUAUGAGGUGCUUGAGCCUUACAUGCAAACCCUAUUUCAGCUGACGUCAAAUGCUGUAAAAGGCGAUGAAGAGACUGUUGCUCUCCAUGCAAUUGAGUUCUGGAGCUCUAUCUGUGAUGAAGAGAUUGAACUUCAGGAGUUUGAGAAUCCUGAAAGUGGUGACUCUGGACCUCCCCAUUCUAGUUUCAUAGAGAAGGCUUUGUUGUCUCUUGUUCCUCUGUUGUUGGAAACUUUGCUGAAGCAGGAAGAGGAUCAAGACCAGGAUGAUACAGUAUGGAACAUAUCAAUGGCAGGUGGGACUUGUCUGGGUCUUGUUGCUAGAACGGUUGGGGAUGUGAUAGUGCCUCUUGUGAUGCCAUUUGUGGAAUCUAACAUUGUGAAGCCAGAUUGGCGUAGUAGAGAGGCUGCCACUUAUGCAUUUGGGUCUAUUCUUGAAGGUCCAACUGUUGAUAAGCUCUUCCCUUUGGUACAGUUGGGUCUGGAGUUUUUGCUUAAUGCCAUGGAGGAUGGGAACAACCAUGUGAAGGACUCCACUGCUUGGACUCUUAGUCGCAUUUUUGAGUUCCUUCACAGUCCAGCUAACGGUUGUUCCAUCAUUUCUCCUGAGGAUCUCAAACGAGUUCUUGGUGUGUUGUUGGAGAGCAUUAAGGAUGCUCCCAAUGUAGCUGAGAAAGUUUGUGGGGCAAUCUAUUACCUUGUCCAAGGCUAUGAGGAUGCAGGACCAAGCUCCUCUCUUCUUUCACCAUAUCUCACUGACAUAAUUAGUUGUCUAAUUGCAACUGCUGAUCGGACAGAUGGUAGUGACUCCAAGCUCAGGUCUUCUGCUUGUGAAACCUUGAACGAAGUUGUGAGAUGUUCCAACAUUGUGGAAACAUCUUCCAUCAUAGCACAUCUAUUACCGGUCAUUACGAAUAAGUUGGGCCAGACCAUGGGAAUUCAGAUUGUCUCAUCAGAUGAUAGAGAAAAGCAAGGGGAUUUGCAAGCCCGUCUUUGUGGUGUUUUGCAGGUCAUCAUCCAGAAACUUAGCAGCACAGAUGAAACCAAACCCAUAAUACAUCAGGCUGCUGAUCAGAUCAUGCUUCUGUUCCUCAAAGUAUUUGGUUGCCAUAGAUCCACUGUUCACGAGGAAGCAAUGCUUGCAAUAGGUUCUCUUGCUUAUGCGACUGGUUCUCAGUUUGAGAAGUAUAUGCCCGAGUUCUAUAAGUAUCUUGAGAUGGGAUUGCAGAAUUUUGAGGAAUACCAGGUUUGUGGAAUCACAGUUGGGGUUGUUGGUGAUAUCUGCCGUGCCUUGGAUGACAAGAUCUUACCUUAUUGUGAUGGGAUCAUGGGUCUUCUUCUGAAGGAUCUCGGUAGUUCAGAACUUCAUAGGUCUGUAAAGCCUCCCAUAUUCUCUUGUUUCGGGGACAUCGCUCUCGCUAUUGGGGAGCACUUUGAGAAGUAUGUCCCCUAUGCCUUACCGAUGAUGCAGGGAGCAGCCGAAAUCUGUGCUAAGAUGGAGACUGCCGAUGAGGAGAUGAUGGAUUACGGCAACCAGCUCAGACGUAGUGUUUUUGAAGCUUAUUCCGGUAUCCUUCAAGGUUUUAAGAGUGUGAAACCUGAUGUGAUGGUGCCCUAUGCUCAGCAUCUUUUGAAGUUCAUAGAAGUGGUUUUUAGAGACAGCCAAAGGGAUGAAAGUGUGACGAAAGCUGCGGUUGCUGUUAUGGGCGAUCUGGCAGACGCUCUUGGUUCCAACAUUAAACAUAUGUUUCAAGACUGCUUAUUUUAUAAUGAAUUUAUCUGCGAAUGCCUCCGAUCCGACGAUGAACAGCUCAAUGAGACGGCAGAUUGGACGCAGUGUAUGAUUCAACGUGUGAUGGAGUUAUGAGCUGAAUUUAUGGUCGUUAUAUCGGCCCGUCUUUUUUGUUUGCUAUAAAGCUUCUUUCGUUCGAGUUCUGGUAAAGUUUUAUUUUUGAAAGGCAGGGAGCCGAAAGGGUAGCUGUCCAUUAUUAUUACGAAUUUGUCGAGGGUUUUCUUAAUCCUCAUGUGAUCUGGCAUUUAUGGUGAAGGUGGUCAAACAGUUUAUGUAAUGCAUCCCCUAAAUCGGUCAUUUGUUGAGAUAA